AUGCCAGAGAGUCUUCAUAAUCAAAUAACAUUCUAUCCAACAGUCAAUGAUACCAAUGCUCUAAUUCAAUGUGAUUUAAUGAAUACGGGAAAUGUAUUUUUACAUUUUGUUCCUGAUAAAAAUUAUGAAGUUUUUUCAUUACGUCGUGCCAAAUUUUCAACUAUGACUUUAUUAUAUGAAUUACAUACAUCAACAACAGAUAAAUUUACAUAUAAUUGUAAUAUAUAUGUCAACAACAAUGUGAUAUACGUUAUCAUUGUAUUUAUAUAAUUUCAUAGCCUAUGAAUUUUUUUCUCAUUGUUUGUUGAUCUAAAUUCGGAAUAAGAUAAAAGAAAAUGUUUCAUGUUUUUGAGUUGAUAACUUUACUUAUGUGAGAAGCAAACUUUUUUUUUCUGAGAAACAAACACUUUUCUCCUCUUAAUAAAAUAUAAAUAGAGAGUUAAAAUAUUUAGGGCAUACCAAAAAUAGUGAGAAUGAUACUUUAAUACUGUACAGUAGACUUAAAGAAACUUUCUUUCUAUAUAGUCUGAUAGAGAAAAAAAAGCUCUAUCUUUCUAUGUUAUUGGAUCAUACUUCAACUAAUAUCAUAAUAAUAAAAUUUCGAUAACAUCUCUUUUGCUCGCAUGUAUCACAGUUCUAUGAAUGUUAGUGAGUAGUUUCUAAAUAACUGUUGAUAGAAAUAAGAUAGAGAAGUGCGGUUUUCACCGUUGGAAAAAGGAGAUGAUGAUGCAUCGAAUCAUAUAUUGUAGGUUUCUCUAAUAUUGAUUUCUGAAGUAUUUUUAUCAGAUUUUCUAACACUCGGAAAAAUGUUCUUUUUAUGUAAAAAAAAAAAAAAAAGGACAAACGUGCGCUUUUUUCACAGAUUUUGUUACAAAAUCAUAUUAGAGACUCGACUAGAAUGCAUAUUAUUCAUCUCGGUCCUCUGUACUUUGUAGAUCUUCGAUUAGUGGUUUGAAUUCAUACUUGAUAAUUGAAAAUUCACUGUAAACAACUUACCACAUAAGUUUGUUCUGGGUCUGUGUGUGGGUGUGGGUGUGGGUGUGGGGUGUGGGUGUUCUCUUCAG